AUGGAGCGUGUCCGCAAAAUUUGCACCCUAUGCAAAAUCGAAAGGCAAUUUGAGCACAGCACAAGGCGCGGUAACAGCUGCCCUAUCCCGCGACCCUCGCGAGGACAUGCCAAUCCUAAUGCUCAGAAAGGACGAACGGCCUUUGCUUAUGACACUACACGAACAAAUGCACCGCUAAAGAAGAGAAACACUCUUCGGAAGAAGAAUAGAAAUGCUGCCAUGAGUACCCAAGGUGCUGCAAAAGAUCGUUCUGCAACAUGUCAUUCAACAAAAGAAGACACAGGAGUCGCAAAAUCUGCAUGGCUACGUACAUGGCUUAACAAGCUUCCCAUCACCACAUGUCCCAAACCCCCCACAACACCUCCAUCCAGCACCUCUCCCCCUCCCCGAAAAGCCACAAGCGUAGACCUGUCCCGCAUAAUCCCCUUCCGCUGCACAGAAAAGUCACCCACUUCCCAACCCACAAACACCACAGCACCCACCGCCCACCGCACCCGCAUACCCCUAACCACCAAAUCCAGCAGCAUUCCCAACCUCUCCCGCCACCUCUCCCUCUCCAAAAAGCCCACCCAUAAAAUUAACACAACCACCACCACCCCUUCUACCCCAACAAAACUCCAAAAACGAGCUCCCGCCCCUCCUCGCCCCAAAUCCACCACAACUACCACAACCGCCCUUCGCCCAACCCCAGCACCGCCCUCCUCCUCUACCACCACCACCCCCAUGCCCCUCGCUGAGUCGCACCCAGAACAGCCAAAAGGAUCAGUGGUGGUGGGUGAUGGACGGAAUAGCACUGCGUACCUGACUAUUACCGCUGCUGCCACGGCGGGAGAGGAAGAAGAGGAGCUGGAGAUGAAUGAGACAAGGCGCGUUAUGUGGGAAUAUUGGAAUGUGCACUGUAGGUUUUUGGUCGAGGAGUGGAGUGAUGAUUGA